AUGAGAUCGCGUCGAACAUUGCAAAACAAGGUUUACAAUGAACUUGAUUCUACAAGAUUCAGAAACCAAUUGAUCCCUGAAAGCUCUAGAUCCACCAUGUUAGAACUAACUCCUGAAGUAUUAAGCAUUUUGAAAGAGCACACUGAGGUUUUCUCGAAGUACCUAUCGUGUUAUAUUCAUGCAUUGAACAAAUUCAUUGGAUUCUUACGAAAGGCAUCAUCACUAAGAUUUGAAAGAACUGUUUUAAUCAAAUACGUUAAGAAAUUAAGAUUUAUCAAUGAUUCAUUGAUUGCUUACAACUUUGAGGCUGAAUUCCCUGACCCUAAUAAUACACAUUUAGAUGAGGCUGUUAAGCCAUUGGCAUCGUUCCUUUUGAAAAGUAUUGAACUAUUAGAUCUAUUGAACUACUUCUUGACACAACCUUUACAAAAGGAAAUAAUCUCCAAGACUUUGAACAGUGAUUUAAAUUUGUCAGGAGAAUGCAUUGUUGCCAUUGAAGAUACUUACAAUCAUUUUGUCAAGUUUGCACAAUGGAUGAUUGAAUCAUUACAGAUCGAAAAUACCUUCUUCCAAAUUGAAGUCGUACAGUUCACAAGAAAAUGUGCCAUUGAAGAUGGUGUUGAUUUAGAAAACACUGAUAACAUCUUUUUACAACAAGUCGUGCCUGUAACGGAUACGGAAGAAUACGAAGUUAUUGCAGAAGAAUGGGCCCACAUUUUAGCCGACAAGACCCUACAAUUGGAAACCAAAUUCAAUGAAAAUGUGAUCAACUGGCAAAACAAAUUUGACAAGAAGAAAGAAGACAAAUAA